GCUGGUGGUAGCGGCUCGGGGAGGUGCUCGCUCUCUCGGUCUCGCUCUCUCUCGCUCGCUUCCCCCGGCUCCCUUCGGUGCCCCCCCCGGUCGCCUGCGUGACGGAGUGUGUGCGAGGGAGGGGGAGGGCGUCGGGGGGGUGGGGGGAGGCGUUCCGGUGCCCGGGAGACCCGCGGAGGGAGGCGGAGGCUGCGAGGGACUCCGGGAAGCCAUGGACGUCGAGAGGCUGCAGGAGGCGCUGAAAGAUUUUGAGAAGAGAGGGAAAAAGGAAGUUUGUCCGGUCCUGGAUCAGUUUCUUUGUCAUGUAGCCAAGACUGGAGAAACAAUGAUUCAAUGGUCCCAAUUUAAAGGCUAUUUUAUUUUCAAACUGGAGAAAGUGAUGGAUGAUUUCAGAACUUCAGCUCCUGAACCAAGAGGUCCUCCCAACCCUAAUGUCGAAUAUAUUCCCUUUGAUGAAAUGAAGGAAAGAAUACUGAAAAUUGUCACUGGAUUUAAUGGUAUCCCUUUUACUAUUCAGCGACUAUGUGAAUUGCUGACAGAUCCAAGGAGAAACUAUACAGGAACAGACAAAUUUCUCAGAGGAGUAGAAAAGAAUGUGAUGGUUGUUAGCUGUGUUUAUCCUUCUUCAGAGAAAAACAAUUCUAAUAGUUUAAAUCGAAUGAAUGGUGUUAUGUUUCCUGGAAAUUCACCAAGUUAUACUGAGAGGUCUAAUAUAAAUGGGCCUGGAACACCUAGGCCACUUAAUCGACCAAAGGUUUCUUUGUCAGUCCCCAUGACAACAAAUGGCUUGCCUGAGAGCACAGACAGCAAAGAGUCAAACUUACAGCAAAAUGAGGACAAAAAUCACAGUGACUCUCCGACAUCUGAAUCAGAAGGUUCCUCAGUGAGCCCUAUAAAAAAUAAACACCCAGAUGAAGAUGCUGUGGAAGCUGAGGGGCGUGAGGUAAAAAGACUCAGAUUUGACAAAGAAAGUGAAGUCAGAGAGAUGGCCAGUCAAACAUCUGCCAGUGAAAUUUCUUCAGUUAUGGUAGAAGGAACAGAAGCAUCAUCUUCAUCUCAGGAUAAAGACAAGGAAAGUAGUUGUACCAGGCAGCACUGUACGGAAGAGGAUGAAGAAGAGGAUGAAGAGGAAGAAGAAGAGUCUUUUAUGACAUCAAGAGAAAUGAUCCCAGAAAGAAAAAAUCAAGAAAAAGAAUCUGAUGAUGCCUUAACUGUGAAUGAAGAGACUUCUGAGGAAAAUAAUCAAAUGGAGGAAUCUGAUCUGAGUCAAGCUGAGAAAGAUUUACAUUCUGAAGGUAGUGCAAAUACAGGCUCUGUAAGUAGUGGUUCUGCUUGCCAUGAAACAGAAGAAAUAGUAGGAUCCAAUUCCAGUAAAACUGGAGAGAUUCUCUCAGAAUCAUCCAUGGAAAAUGAUGACGAAGCCACAGAAGUCACAGAUGAACCAAUGGAGCAAGACUAACAAUGUAGAAACAUUUAGAUGCAGUAUUUUACAUACAGUUCUGGUUUUACACUGUAUAAAACUUUUAUGUAAUAAAGUGGACCUUUAGUUUUACAAGAGAAGCAGGUUGUAAAAUAAAGUACUUUAUGGGAUAAAUCCUGAAAGAGUUGUACAUGUAAGAACUGUGAAUAUCAGCUCCUCUGGGUCCUCCUUACCGCUGACUUUUUUUUGGUCUCGUCAAAUCAGUGGUUUGUGUAUAGAUUUUUUUUUUAAUUUAGAAUUCAAGUUUUUAAACUGGAAGGUAAUAAUUAUAAUUUUGAAAACCUUUUGGAGAUUAUCCCAUUUAGUUGAUACAUACACAAGAAAGCUUUUUGUCUUGUCUGUUUCUGACAGCUCUAGCAGUUUCACGUAGUUUCAACAUUUUAACAUGUGAAUUAUAGGGUUUCAUGCUGGUUUCCAGAUUUUAUUGUUUGACUAUGUACAAUGGAACUUUAAGUCAUAUAUACAUAUAUAUAUUAUUCUAAGGGGGGAAAUGUUAUAUUUUUCUGUUUCUAUAAGAGAUGAAUACAGUGGAUACUUUUUCUAUUGAUAAUGAUUGAUUUCACCUCUUUCAGAAGACAGUUUCUUUCUCUUCUUCGAGUAAUUCAAAUAAAAUCUGGCCCUUGUGAAACCCUGGAAAUCUUAGGUCUGUUGAAAUACCAGGUUAAACACAUUCCAAGAGAUCUGUUCAAACUAAAAUUCUUUUGUAUACUUCUGAGGUGCCUGAGAAAAAGACUUCAUUAUUUAUGAGAAAAAAUGUGCUUUAUCUUGGAAAUUGUGUUCAAACUUAGCUUACUGUUUUGUAGAAUGAAUGCUUAUAAAAGCUGACAUGAGACCAUCUCAGAAGAACUGGGCAGGUUCCUUAACCUUUUGCUUGCUUUUCUGAACAUUGUGAAUAUUACACAUUUGUUUCUAAAUUAUUCUAGAGUAUGCAGAUUUCAAUGGUAUGAAACACCACUGUACUGGAAGAAUUAAUAUAUUACUUUAGUAAUGUACCGGAGCUAAAUGACUGAAGCUUUAGGGUGCAUAGAAACCACCAUAAUUUGUAUGACAUUUUGAAGUGAAUUAAAUAUUUUUGAACAUGCUUCUUCGACAGCCAGUGUUAUAUUUUUCAGAUCAACACAAAGCACAAUGAUUACUCUAAACUCAAUAUUUUCAAUUCACUUAUUUAAAGUCAUGCAAGCUGCAACUUCCCUGUCAAAAUUACUGGCUGCCAAAUUUAUACCUGUUUCUUCAGCUGUACCUUUUGAUAUUUAGAAUUUUUAAAUUUCUGUACAGUAGAUUUUGUAGAAUGUAAUGUGUUCACUGCCUUUGUGAAGCGGUAUAUAAUUGUAUAAUUUCUGUGUGUAAACUGAAUGCUUGGGCUUUCAAUACAGUAUUCAUAUAAAGCAAUAAAUAUUAAUGUUAUGAAAUAUUCGAGUACAUUUUUAUCAAAAUAUGAAAGAAUCCCUUUUUUAGUUUCAGAUACCUGAAGUACACAGAUGAACUUAUAAAACUGAUGCAAACAAUUUCUAACACUGUAUCCUAUGCUUUGGGGCGAUUUGGGCAGCAACCACAGGUUUUACGUUUUGACUACUUAAAUUGCUAUAACUAAAAAUACCAAAAUGAUUUGGCUCUGUUUAUGUUUGUAGAGUAAUAUACUACUGACUGACUUGACCGUCAGGUUCACAGCAGCUAGUUGAUAUAUUUAUGAAUGUGUCUAAUAGUUGAAAUAAAAACUGAAUAUUGAUUUGCUGUACCCAAGAGGGGAGAAAAAUCACACAUUGUAAUUUUUUUUUAGUUUUGCAAAAAAUAUUAAAAUGAAGCAAAUUUUAAAUGUGACAUUCAUUUGUAGUGAUCUAUUACUUUAUUUUGUUGAGGGAUAUUUUGCCAAUGAGAACAGAUUUUAAACAUUUUAAGUUUAGAAAUUUUGAAAUUUUCUUUAGAAUAUUUAUGAAAUUAUUGUCAAUAAACCUGUUCUUUAA